UGCUGCUGGCGCAGCUGCAGAGAGUUGGCUGCUACAAGGGGGCUGAACGGGGAAGGAGCAAACAUGGCGUCGGGCUGUGCGUGGUUCCUUGUUCUGGGCUCGGUUUUCCUUUGCAAUCUAAUGAAAACACUUCUGCCGACUAUAUCUUCUUUCCUGUCAAAGAUGAUACAGAAGGAUGCAGAGCAGGAGAGCGAGAUGAGGACUGAAAUCCAAGAGAUGAAGAAGGAACAGUCUUCGAUCAGCAUGAUGGAUGAGUUUGCUAGAUACGCCAGAUUGGAGCGCAAGAUCAACAAGAUGACAGACAAGCUGAAAACACACGUGAAAUCCAGAACAGCACAACAAGCCAAAAUGAAAUGGGUUGUGAACAUUGUCUUUUAUAUUCUACAGGCUGCUCUGAUGAUCUCCUUGAUAUGGAAGUAUUACUCUGAUCCAGUUACGGUGGUUCCAAGUCGAUGGAUUGCUCCUGUGGAGCGACUGGUGGCCUUUCCAACAGGAGUGGCAGGUGGAGUAGGAAUCACAUGCUGGUUGGUGGUCUGUAACAAAGUAGUAACCCUGGGUCUCCAUGCUGUCAGUGACCUGAGCUGAGCUACAUCCAGCCGUCUUCUUCUUUUUUGCUUGUGUGUUUUUUGACAUUGUUUAACACUGGUGUCUGAAAUGCAGUGCAUUUUAGAAUUUGGUGUUUCAUAUUGCCACUUUGUUUUCCCAUUUCUUUUUUUGAUAUAUAUUUUUAUUUUAAUUUAUUGUUUGUUGUGAAUGAAAUGUUUUGUUUAUUGUGAAGAAUUUAAGUAAUUAAAACCUCAAA